AAGAAUAAUUAAGUUUUAAAAAGAAAAAUCACAUUAAUUAAUAAAAUGAAAUUAUUAUUAUUAUUAUUAACAUUAGUUUAUUAUUCAGCAAAUGCUGUACCAAUAGAAGAAUAUGACUUUAAUGGUACCAAUUGGGUAGUAUUGGCAUCGGGAGGAGGUAUGAGUUUGGAGUAUUCAAUUGAGGCGGAUGUAUAUCACGCCUAUCAAGUUGUCCGCUCGCGUGGAAUACCCGAUAAAAAUAUUAUAGUAAUGAAUUUGGAUGAAGUGGCGUAUAGUAAACGUAACCCAACACCUGGAAUAGUUGUUAGUAAACCGGGUGGUCCUGACGUUUAUCAUGGAGUACCUAAAGACUAUGUACACGAGGAAGUGACACCAUUGAAUUUUUUGGCUAUACUUCGUGGUGAUCCAGUACUGGCACGAAAUGGCAAAAAAGUUGUCAAAUCUGGACCUAAUGACCACAUUUUUGUUUAUUUUAUGGACCAUGGUGCAACUGAUUUAAUAUGUUUUCCGAAAGGACGGCUGUAUGGAGAAGAGUUGAAUAACCAAUUGAUCGAAAUGUAUAAUCAGAAAAAGUUUGCAAAACUUGUAUUUUAUAUCGAGGCGUGUGAAUCGGGUUCUAUGUUUGCAAAGUUGUUACCAAAAGAUAUCAAUGUAUAUGCAGUGACCUCAUCGGCACCGACUGAAUCCAGUUAUGCCUGUUGUUAUGACACACUUAGACAAGAAUUUCUUGCUGGAUAUUUUAAUUAUCAUUGGAUGUUAAAUAGUGAACAAAAUGAUUUAACUAAAGUAACACUUGAACAACAGUUUGUAUAUAUUAGAGAUCAUACGGUUAAUAAAGACCCGGCUAUUAAUGCUACAAAUGGACAACACGCGCAACAAUACGGUGACCUAUCUAUAGGCAAACUACCCGUCUCUUUGUUUUUAGGCAAAGAAAAUCCUAAAAAUAUAACUGAAAAACGCUUUAAUAUUAAUCCCAAAACUGAAGAUUUAAUUAAUACCAGAGACGCUGAUAUAUAUUUGCUUCAAAAGCGUAUUGAAGAAAAUGAUGAUUUAAGUGAAAAACAAAAAUAUGUUGAAAAGUUAAGACAACUAUUGAAUAACAGAAAACUUGUAGACAAACACUUCGAGCAAUACGUUCACUCAAUUCAACAUUUAUUAGGCAUUCAAUCAUUUAAUGAUAUUAACAAUGUUUUGAAUACAAGACAAGAGCUCAACAAUAGACAGUGUUAUAGACAAAUGGUCGACACAUUUGACGAUAAAUGUCUUAAUAUAAAUAAAAAUUACUAUGUAUUGCAAAAACUGAAUGUUUUUGUGAAUAUAUGCGAGAAAUUGAAUGAAACCAAUGAUAUGAACACUGCUGUCAAUGCAUUGAUAAUGUACUGCAAUAACAACUAUAUGUCAUCACUAGUAGAAAAUGUUGUGUAA